UUUAGUGAUUCCAGCUCCACUGAAGGCCGUCUUCCAUUCUCCGUCCCAUCCACCAGCUGUUUCUUCUUGGCCUGUGGGCCACACAGUAUGAGGCAGCUACCAUGGGCUUUAAGGAAAACUUCUCGGAGAUUGAUCCUGUCACUUUGAACCUCUGCAUCCUUAUCGCCAGCUAUGUUAUCUUGCUUCUGGUGUUCCUGAUAUCUUGUAUAAUGUAUGACUGCCGGGGCAAGGAUCCAACCAAGGAGUACGCGCCGGACCCUGUGCCUACCCAAUCCCCCAUCAGACUGGUGGUAAUGCAGCAGACCACCCCUUCUCCACAACAUCAACGCUGGGACCAGACCAAUAUGGUCACCUCAUAUGAGCCUCAGCCCAGUCCAGACUUCAGGGAGAAGAAGAGCACCAUGGUCUAGAUUCUAGAAGGACUACUGCGGUGCUGAAUAACUCAGUCCACCACCUAUUGGAAUAAUCGCAGCGGGAUAAACUUUUGUACAUAUAUGUUUUUUUAAAUCUGUUUCCACAUUUAUUUUUUAGACUGUAUUUUUCCCUGGUGGCCAGGACAAUGCUAGGAUUGGACCUGCAGAAGACCAGUCUGAGACGGUAUAUGAGACGCUAGAGAGGGUCUGUCUUUUGUUAUGUUGUCCUAAUGCUGAAAGGGGAGAAGGCAUCCACAAUGCAGACCUCAUGAGGACUCGCAGGUUCAUGAACAGGCGGGCCUCUGCUAACUGCCGCUACCAGCCCACCUGUUAUGAGCAUGCUGCAAACUGCUAUACUCACGCGCUACUCAUCGUACCAGCCAUUGUGGGCAUGGCCCUGCUGCACCGGCUCUCAGAUGACCGCUGGGAGAAGAUCACAGCCUGGGUGUACGGCAUGGGCCUGUGUGCCCUCUUCCUGGUCUCCACAGUGUUCCACAUCAUCACCUGGAAGAAGAGCCACAUGAGGUCUGUGGAGCACUGCUUUCAUAUGUGUGAUAGAGUGGUCAUCUAUUUCUUCAUCGCUGCCUCCUACACACCAUGGUUGAAUCUUCGUGAGCUUGGCCCACUCGCAGUUCACAUGCGUUGGUUUAUAUGGCUAAUGGCUGCUGCAGGAACAAUAUACGUCUUCAACUACCACGAAAAGUAUAAAGUUGUUGAGCUCGCCUUCUAUUUGACUAUGGGUUUUUUCCCUGCGUUGGUUGUGACAUCAAUGAACAACACGGAUGGACUGUACGAGUUGGCCUGUGGGGGACUCAUCUAUUGCCUGGGCGUGAUCUUCUUCAAGUCGGACGGGGUCAUCCCGUUUGCCCAUGCCAUCUGGCACGUGUUUGUGGCGCUGGCUGCAGCCGUGCACUACUACGCUAUCUGGAAGUACCUCUACAGGAGUCCCCCUGCUAAUACUAUUCGGGAUGCCUGACCCCCACCGCGUCAAGUAGGCUAACUGAAAACACAGUGCCCUCCAGUGCCUCUCGACAUGGGCACCAGCAAAUAAAGACUCCCACAACUGCCCACCGAGGAUGCAACCACAGCUGGAAGGUUUACUGUUUCCAGGUAGGGAACAGUUUUUCUUUGACUGGACACACUGAACAAAGGUUACUUGUAAUUCUGUUUUUGUACAACUAUUAUUCAGUUGGAACCCCCAAACAACUAAAAUGAUCAACUUUUGACUUCCAUUUGGAAAUUGUUCUCAUCUUCUACACAUAAUGAUACUUUGGGCUGUAUUGAUAUCAGUGUUUUGUAUCACUUCAAAGUCGGUCACAUUCCAUACUUACUAUCAUGUGUCAUUUGUAGUGAUUUUGUCAGUCAUCUUAUUGAUUGGAAAGCAGAUGGGAAGGACAUUCAAUUGACUUGGUUAUUUUCACUCUGAGGUAAAUGUGCACAGGACACAUUGGACACAAAAUGUCUGAAUCAGUAUUUAUCAGAAUCUAAGUGCAGUCUUAUUUUUCUGAAGCACUUUUGUAUGAUAAGAACCACAAAGAACCAUUGGAUAUGAUGUUUAAUAAGUACUCUGAUUUGUGUAAUUGUAUUCUUUCUCACAAAUAUGGAGCCUUCAGAAGGUGAGUAUUUCAGUUGGUAUAGCUUUUAAAAAAGGGUCUCUGUGAUUGGACUGAACUUCCAGAAGGAUACAGUAUCUACAGUACAUCUGAGAUGUCCUGUACUUCUGCACAAAUUAUCACUGCUGCCACUUUUAUGGUAUAGUAAAUAGUUCCAUUAUAUCACACACUUCCUGAUUUUAAAAACUCUCCUCACAUCUUAAAUUACCCUUCUGUUCUUUGUAUUAAUUUUCACCUGUUAUGUGUUUUUGGAUCUUCAAUGGAACUGCAUUCCCUACCUUUCUUUUGAGGAGUAUUUGCCAUUUCAGUUGAGAAACUAUGAAGACCAGUAUCAUUAUACUAUGAAGUUGAAUUGAUUGAGAAACGUGUCAUGUACAACCAACCCUAUAAUGAUUUUUAAUGGUUGGUAGAUUUAUCCAUUUUUAGCUUUCUCACUUGUUUCUCAAAUUGCCAGAGACAGUUUUUGGAACAGGUGUUCACAAAUUUUCCUUGCGUAAAACACUGUACAGCCCUUGGUGAGCAUGCCUUUGUUUUUCCCCUCCCUGACAUUUUGUUAGCUAUGCUGAGUGGAGAAAUCAGAUGAUUUUGUUAUGGAUUGUAGCCAUUCUGAAAUGUCUUGCUCCCUUUACCACAAUGUUUUGUAAUAUUUGUAUAUUCUGUUUUGGCACAUGAUCCCAUUCUGGCCUUUUUUAGGGAACACAUCUGCUCGUUAACUCUCUACUUUAUCCAUUGGGUGUAUUGGUGCUGUACAUAUAGAAAACAAUGUUCACUCUGUAACAAAUAGGUUACUAAUGUGUCGAUGAAAAAUAAAUGCCCUCAACAUCG